GUUCUAUGAUCAAGCAAGCCUGUUCAAUCACGCGUCUUUAAAGCACCGUAACAAAUGAAGUAUUUGACAUAGAGUGCUUCCCUCAACAUUAUUCUCUCCCGGUUUUUAUUUGGCACCGAUUGACCACGGAAAACUGGAGGUACUGUGGCUACACCGGGUCUGACUGAUUUGAAUUUCCUUCAGGUGCAAAGGCUGCCACAGACGCAAAAUGCCGAAACCGGUGAAUAUUAACGUCAACGCCUUGGACUCAGAGUUGGAGUUUGCUGUACUGCCAAACGCGACUGGCAAAGUUGUGUUUGACCAGGUGGUGAAAACAGCUGGUUUACGUGAGGUAUGGUACUUUGGACUCCAGUAUAUAGAUGGAAAAGACUAUUUAACUUGGCUCAAAAUGGAAAAAAAGAUAUCAUCACAGGACGUAAAGAAGGAAAACCCACUGCACUUCAAGUUUCGAGCCAAGUACUUUCCCGAGGAUGUAAACGAGGAGCUUAUCCAGGACAUCACGCAGAAGCUCUUCUUCUUGCAGGUGAAAGAUAACAUCCUGAGCGACCAGGUUUACUGUCCACCAGAAACAGCAGUGCUACUGGCAUCCUACUCUGUUCAAGCCAAGUAUGGAGACUAUGACAAAGAAACCCACCACCCGGGUUACCUCCUUUCUGAACGCUUGCUGCCCCGCAGAGUUGUAGAUCAGCACAAGUUAUCACUAGAAGAGUGGGAGGAGAGGAUCCAGGUGUGGCACGAGGAGCAUCGCGGGAUGCUCAAGGAGGAUGCCAUGAUGGAGUACCUGAAAAUCGCGCAGGACUUGGAGAUGUAUGGCGUCAACUACUUUGACAUCAAGAAUAAGAAGGGAACACUGCUGUGGCUGGGAGUGGAUGCUUUGGGACUUAACGUUUAUGAACUAGAUGACAAACUUUCCCCCAAAAUCGGCUUCCCCUGGAGUGAAAUUAAAAACAUUUCCUUCAAUGACAAAAAGUUCACCAUCAAGCCAAUCGACAAAAAAUCACCUGACUUUGUCUUCUUUUCCCCGAGACUUCGUUUAAAUAAGCGUAUCCUCCAGCUGUGCAUGGGCAAUCAUGAGCUUUACAUGAACCGACGCAGGCCGGAUUCCAUCGAAGUGCAGCAGAUGAAGAUGCAGGCCAGAGAGGAAAAGUUACAGAGACAGAAGGAGAAGGCCAAGCUGGAGAAGGAGAAGGAGAAGAGGGAGACCAUUGAGAGGGAGAAGGAGCAGAUGGAGCUGGAUAAGAAAGAAAUAAUGUCGAGGCUCCAGCAGUUCCAGGAGAAGACCAAGAAGGCAGAACAAGAUUUACAGGAGCAGAUGCAGAGGGCCAUGAUUUUGGAGCAGGAGCGUCUUAAAGCAGAAAAGGAGGCCGCCCGUCUGGAGUCAGAGCGUCAGGCUGCACUGUUGGCUAAAGAAGCAUUGGCUCGUCAAGCAGAGACCCAAUUGAUGAGUCAUGAGCAGCUGGCUUUAGAGCUGAAGGAGCACACAUCUAGGAUCAGUCAGCUGGAGGAGGCCAGGAGAUCCAAGGAGAACGAAGCAGACACAUGGCAGCUCAGGGCUAGGGAGGCCCAGGACGAUCUGAUCAAGACCAAGCAGGAGCUGCACAUGGUGAUGAUGGCGGGACCACCUGUGCACCCAAAGCCGACAUCGGUUCCGACGUGGAUACCGUCGCCGCCAAUGUCGAGGGAGAUGCCAACAGAGAUGCCGCUUCCACCGCCUCCCGCUUUCGUCAUGUACGAUAACCACGAAGACAACAGUGACAACGACGAGAGCAACAGCCAACACAGCGCUGAACUGCAUUCCGUCUACCAGCACAACGGCAUCCCUGCAGAGGAGGAUCGCCAGACAGAGGCCGAGAAGAACGAACGUGUACAGAGGCAGCUCAAGGAUCUAACUGCCGAGCUGGCUCACUUACGCGACGAGUCCAAGAACACCCAGAAUGACAUCCUGCACUCGGCGAAUGUACGGGAAGGCCGAGACAAAUACAAAACUCUGCGACAGAUCAGACAAGGGAACACAAAGCAGAGGAUUGACGAGUUUGAGGCCUUAUAAGGAAGGAGCCUCUGCCGCUUGAGCAACCCUUUCUGAAUUGUCACCCGUUAUUCAAAUUGGAAGGUCAUAAGCGCAUCAGAUACUUAGCACCAAAAUACUUUCUAAUCGUAUUUGUAUCAUAGACUUCACUAUCAGUUGACGGGACAAGGGGCUCGUGGACGAUCCGUAGGGGGCCUAUUUUCAAAAACUUAAAAUUCCAAUAUUUUCAAAACCAAAGCCGUUAGUGACCUAAAACCAAAACAGGCACCUCCCUUACAGUAGGUAUUUAAGUCUCCAUGAGCAGCGACAUAAAACAUUUUAAAGUGGUUCCCUAAUAAAAUCUCGAUUAAUUAUUAUUUUUUUUAUACUAGUAUAAAAAAACUUGCUAUACUGGCUAUAAAAUUCUCAAAUUUUAGGCUACAUGCACAAAACUCACCAAAUGUGGGGAUAAUCAACUAUAUUUUCAGGAUCAAUAGCAAUAUUUAACAUAACAUGUAAGUUUUUGCCCCAAAAAACAACUUAUUAAAAAAAAAAAAAAAUUUGUGCGUGUUUUUAACAGCUAAUAAAUCACUCAAUUUUCACAUCAGAAAAUUUAGGAAAGCAUGUAGAAUCAUCUUAAUUUUACUCAACAAAAGGAAAAUUGGCUUUUUUUUUUUUUUUACAUAUAUAGUAUAUAUAUACAUUCACAACAAUUAGGUUGAAUUCUGAUGUCGCUAUUGCCUUAGCACGUCUUGUUACAUGUUUUACAUGUUACAUAAAAUAAAACACGUAAAAAGCGAAAAGCGGGAAAAAAAAUUGAAUGGACACAGAAAUGUGAAAAUGACUACUUUUUGCCAACAAACGGGCAGUUGGCCAAAAAUGACCUGAUCAUUUGAAUGAAUACUUACGCUACUGUAUAGACUUCAUAAUGUGUUGACAUGACACGGGGCGCAGGGCCGAUCAGUAGGGGGCCUAUUUUCAAAAAUUUCAAGUUCAAAUAUUUUCAAAACCAAAGCUGCUACCGACCUAAAACCAAAACAGGCACCUUCGCCAUAUAUGAGUCUCCAUGAGCAGUGGCGUCAAAAAAUUCAAAGUCGUUCCCAUAUAAAAUCCCGAUCAAUUAUUUUUUUAUAUAAGUAUAACAAAACUUUUUAAAUUCUCACAUUUUACACUAGAUACACAAAAAUCACCAAAUGCAGAGAUAAUCACCUAUAUUUUCAGGAUCAAUAGCAAUAUUUAACAUAUCAUGUCAAGUAUCAUAUCAAGUUUUUGCCCAAAAUAGCUACUUAAAUUUUUUUCAACAGCUAAUAAAUCACUAAAUUUUCACAUCAGAUACUUAAAUCUUGAGGAAAACAUGCAUAAUCAAUUAUAAAUAAUUUAUGAAUAGAUUAUCAAUAAAUUAUGUAUGCAAUCACAACUUAUUAUAGAAUAGAAUAGCCCUUUAUUGUCAUUAUACAGUUGCAUAGUUAGUUAUGUAUUUGUAGUGAAUAAGGCUAGCGGCCGCUUGACGUAAACAGAACUUUUCUGGUGAAAAUUAUUUUGAAUAAAUGCUUCAAUCCCCGAAUUCUUCAUAGAUAUGGAUGUCAGUCUCGAUCCUUGGUUAAAAACAAACAAAAAAAAAAAGGGGAAUAAGCGUCUAUUUUAUGUAAAUAUUGCAAACUAUGAUGCCAAUGCAGUAGCGGCUGAUUUCUCCCAUUGAUUUUUUUCUCAAGUUUAAAAAUGCAUGCAUGGUACGAAAAAUAUAAUAAUUGAAUCCUCGAACAAAUCACUCCUGAGACAAUCAUUCCCGUUUGUAUGCGGCACAGCUUUCGUACUUCUUCAAAAAUCCAAGCUUAAAUCUGGCUUUUACAAGAGCGUGUGCUUCGAAUGACUAUUACUAAAUGAAGCUGAGCCUCCUAUGGUAAGGCGUGACACAAAGAAUGACAAAGUGUCAGGUCAAUAGAGUUUUGAAGUCUAUGGCUACUGUGUAUGGAUACAAAACAAAAUAUACAUCACAAAACAAAGAGCUUUUUAAGUUGAAAAUUCUUCUAAAUAAAUGCGUACAUCCUGCAAUUUCUAUAGAUGUGAACAUGGAACGGUAUAGAUUCUUGGCUAAAAGCAGGAAAAAAAAAAAAAAAAAAAAACGGGCAGUUAUCAUUCAUUUUACACAAAUAUUUCGAGCUAAAAUUACACUACUGUGUAAAUCCAACGUGGAGGCCAUCACAAGACAAAGAGCUUUUUAAGCUGAAAAUUCUUGUAAAUAAAUGCGUACAUCCCUUAAUUUCUUUAGAUAUGAACAUUUUCCACCUAAAUCUGGCAUUUGAACGCAGCAUGUGUUUGAGUUUAUCACAGUGAAAGCCAAAUGCUCUGCCUGGGUCGUCCCCCAACGGGGAGGCGUGGAGCAAUGUUUGUGGGAGCUGUCUUGUCAACUGAUGGUAAAGUCUAUGUUUGCACCAUCGUUGUAUGUUAAUCAAUGCAAGAGACAUCUGCUGUUCCAAAAUUUAAUUGUUGACAUAGAAGGAAAAUAGCUCACUGUGACAAUUCAGAAAGGGGUCACGUGUUUAUGUGCUGUCUUCAAACACUAGAUGGCUCUACGCUUGUUUAAAUUCAUACUAGUUUAAUAUUUAUGAAGUAUAUGGGACAUUAAAAAGGGUGUUUUAUUUUGGUUUGUAUAUUUUUGCUAACAAUACAAAUUAAACACUUAUAUAUUGACCAAAAUAAUGUUAUUGUCUGAUGUUCCCUGCUUUUAGUUUCGGAUCAUUUGAUGAAAGAGAUUUUAUUGUAAAACUUUGUGUUUUUAUUGUGACAUAUAUUUACAGCGGCAUGCCAUUAAAUCAGUUAUUUUCUGGUUUACAUUGCCAUUCAGCUGAAAAGAGGAAGAGUGUUAUCUGUCUUCAGAUCCAGUGUUGACACUUUGUGUAUCUAUAGGUGUCAUGUUUUGGCACACUUAACAGUGUCUUUAGUGAGUGUGCCUUUCCAAGCUGAUGCCCAAGCAGGAUAAAGCCUCAAGAUUUCUUUUAGCAAAAAAGAAAAAACACACACAAAAAAAAUAUGAAUGUAACUUUUAAAUUUUAGAUUUUGUGCGCGACCUCUGAGGAUGAGGUGAAUGUAGUAUUUUGAUUAAGAAGUUUAGGGACUCUUGACAGUUGUCAACAGCAACAAAACAUCUUUGUGUUUAACAUAUAUUGCCAAUAAAAAACAAAUGUGAUCAUA